AUGCAAGGGAAAUGGGAGGCGUUUGCGAAGGAGAAUGGCUGCACGAACCGGCAGAAUCGCCUGACGAACCGGCUAAAGCUGGAAACGGUUGAUUCGCUACUUCGUGUGGGCAUGUUGGGACCUGCUGCUGAUACCGGGGCGAAGCCACUGAUUGAUCAGGCUGCUGGGAUCUACUCGCGUAAGGGUUAUACAGGCAUUAUUCACAAGUUGUUUUCUGACGUUAGCAAAAUUAAUUUGAAUCCAUACGGAGAGGAUGAUAACGAGGAGGUUGCGACGGACCCAGAGAUUGAAGUACUGGUACAAGCAACAUACCCCGCUAGUGACGAUGAGGCUUUUAGUGACAGUGACUACGAGACCGACGUAGAACGAGAUACCGAUGAGUCGUCCGUGGAUGAGGAUUUUGAUGAUGAUGAUGAGGACGCGAAAGAGGAGCAGAAGGGAUGGGCGGCCGCGGCGGCCAAGGCGCUUGGCUUUCGCUGA